GUUUCCUGUGUGUCUGCUGCUAUAUGCUUGAUUUGCACAGCUCAGCUGGUCAGAAGAGCUAAGACAUCCGUCCCCACCAGAAACUUCCCGUGCCAACCAUGAUGGAUCGAGUGCCAACCACGAUGGAUCAAGUGCCAACCACAUUCUAUUACCUUGACUACAGCAUGUCAGAGCCCUGCCAGAAAACCAACGUGAGGCACAUCGCGGCCAGGCUGCUGCCUUCGCUCUACUCGCUGGUGUUCAUCUUCGGGUUUGUGGGCAACCUGCUGGUCGUCCUCAUCCUGAUCAACUAUAAAAAGCUGAAGAGCAUGACUGACAUCUACCUGCUCAACCUGGCCCUCUCCGACCUGCUCUUCCUUCUCACCAUGCCCUUCUGGGCUCAUUACGCAGCCGGCCAGUGGGUCUUCGGGAACGCCAUGUGCCGGCUUCUGACGGGCCUCUAUUUUAUCGGCUUCUUCUCCGGAAUCUUCUUCAUCAUCCUCUUGACCAUUGACAGGUACCUGGCGAUCGUCCACGCUGUGUUUGCUAUAAAAGCCAGGACGGUCACGUUUGGGGUGGUGACCAGUGGGGUCACCUGGGUGGUGGCCGUGCUCGCCUCUCUCCCAGGAAUCAUCUUCACCAAAUCCCAACAAGAGGUGUCUCGUUGCACCUGCAGCCCUCACUACCCAACCAGUCAGUAUCGUUUCUGGAAGAAUUUCCAGACCUUGAAGAUGGUCCUCUUGGGCCUGGUCCUGCCCCUGCUGGUCAUGGUCGUCUGCUACUCGGGAAUCCUGAAGACCCUGCUUCGGUGUCGCAACGAAAAGAAGAGGCACAAGGCCAUGAGGCUCAUCUUCGUGAUCAUGAUCGUCUACUUCCUUUUCUGGGGUCCCUACAACCUCGUCCUGCUCUUGAACACCUUCCAGGAGUUCUUCGGCCUGAACAACUGCAGUAGCUCCAAUCGGCUGGACCAAGCCAUGCAGGUGACGGAGACCCUGGGCAUGACCCACUGCUGCAUCAACCCCAUCAUCUACGCCUUCGUUGGGGAGAAGUUCAGAAACUACCUGUCAGACUUCUUCCAAAAGCACAUCGCCCGCCACCUCUUCAAACGCUGCCCCAUCUUCCAGCGAGAGGCCCCCGAGCGCGGCGGCUCUAUCUACACACGCUCCACGGGGGAGCAGGACAUCUCUGUUGGCUUGUGACCUGCACUCGGUUUUUAGCCCCAGGCUGGGGGUGGGAGCAGCUAUUUCAGAAAGGAAGUGGCUGUCAUAGAAGGCCAAAGAUCUACCCAUCUAUUUGGCAUCUGCCCUUCCAUUCUAGAACCAAAACAAGUGGGUGAAAUAGCCCCUUGUCAUCUGCCCUCCACGGACCUCAGCAAUCGACGAAUGCUCCCUUCCCUGUAAAAGUUUAUUAUAAAAAAUUGUCCCCCAAGAAUUGCUGAUGCUUGAGUUUGGUUGCCUGACCAGGCACAACAAAAUGAAUCAAGACACGUGCUGAAUAGUUUCUUGCCUGCACAAGGCAAUGGACAGGUUGUAAAUGUCUGUAGAUCAGUCCUUGUCUUGCGUGGGGAGGAGAGACUUGGACGUGGUCAGUUAUGAAAGGCUGUCUCCUCGUGUGACCUCCCUCCAAGGUGGGCAGUAAGUUCCCCAGGCACUCAGGCCCAGGUGAGAGUCCAUGGCCGGGGGACCCACUGCUGGUGGAAGAGAGGGAUGCUGAGCCCCAAGCUGCAGGCGCUGCACGCAAGGGCAGAGCUGUGUGACUGGUUGGGAGGAAGGUGUGGGCUGGGGUGUGAAGAACCUACAUACCCCAGUAGAGCAGGGGCCUUGGCCAGCGUUGCAGGGGUUCAUCCGGUGCCCUGAGGAGGACCUGGGAAGGUGAGCAUUUAGGGCAGGGGGACCAGCAACAUGCAGGUCAGGGUGAGGAGGCCUCCGCUGAGGUCACGGCACAGGCAGGGGUGGGGUGGAGGCGAGUACAUUCACAGCAUUUAGGGUAAGAGUCAGCAGAGCUGGGCAGAUUGGGGUGGGGGCAAAGGGGCACACAGAGACCCUAGGUUUCAACGUGCAGACUGGAGAUGCCCCAAAAGAGGCUUCCAGGAGGUUUAGGUGAAAAGCAGGAAGGGGAGGUGGGAGAGGAGGGGUGGGUCUUGUGAGCUUGCACGCCGCCUGGUGCGGACAGACUCUGGCUGUCUCUCACUGAUGCCCCAGCUCUCAGAGCAUCCUUCCCGCCCCAGCUCAGUCACCAGGCAUCUCCCGGAGGCUUUGAAGCGACAGGUGUGUGAACGCGUGUGCCUGAGGCCCAGGAACACUGCCAGCUCAGAUAGGCAAACCUACAUAGUCCAUGAAAGCCCAGAGCUUUAUAAGCAUUGAGCCAAGAGGUGAGGGAAGCCCAAAUGACUAAGAGUCUGCCUGCCACGCUCACACCCCCCCCACCCCACCCCCCUCCCUCCCCCACACUGUCUAAGCAUGUCUUCCGGAUUUAACCCUAUCAAUAGGCGGAGAGGAGAAGACACUCACUCAUUUGGAAACAGGCUGCCGCCCGCUGCAUAAGCCACAAAAAGUACCAUUGAUCAACCUCUGUGUUUCGGGCUGCGCGUGGGGCCUUUAGAUACUCUUUAACGAUGCCUCCUCCAGACAACUCGUACCCAAACUCUAAGAGAGUUACCCAUUUGGAAGGGAGAACUAUGGGGCUUUUUUUCCUCUCUGCAGUUGCUACUUUUCUUACUUAGCACAUGCCUGAGGAUGUUUUGAAUUGCAGUCGCUAGGACCAUGGUAGUCAACAUUAGGUGAGGAAACAUACAGGAGUGAGAAUCACCCGGGAGAGUGUGUCAGAAAAAUAGGAGGUGUUAAUGAUUUUUUCUCAAACUCUGAAACCUGAACCUUGUGGGUUGUGGUUGUGGACAGGAAGUGACUGAAGUACCUAAUCUUUCCCUCUUAAGGCGGUUGAGGGGGCAUAAGUAGCAUAUGAUUCUAGCCUCUGGCUUGAUUCAGACAUUCUGAUAUCUUUGUAUCUAUCUAUCUAUCUAUCUAUCA